AAACGUACGAAAGUUUCCAGUCUUGGUAUAAUUUGUCAAUGGUACUGUGAUUCUUAUUGUUUGUCAAUAUGUCAAUUGUUUAAUUAUGUUUAUUGAUCAUCAUAAUCAGUAUAAUUUCAAUUAAAAGUAGGUACUUCUUCAAAGUCCUAGUCCCUCUUCUGACCGGAAUGGAACUAUUUUCCAAAUCAAAAGAUAUUUUUGUAUCUAAUUUUAAUAAAAUAUGUCGUACUUGCAUAAAAACAAAGACAGAACCUCUUCACCAGAUAUUCGAUUCAGAGGUUAUUAUAUUAAAUGAACGCAUAAGAACCUGCGAAUUGCUGAUUGCCGUAUCUACACUCAAAAUCCAUCCUGACGAUGAUUUGCCAAAAGGAAUGUGUUUCCAAUGUCUAGACUCUAUGACAAAAGCAUAUAAUUUUCAAAAAAUGUGCAUACUCUCGGAUCUAUGUAUGCGUAGUGCUGUGCUCCCUCAAAUCAAUUCUGCAGAAGCACCACUUUCAAAUAAUACGAACAAAGUACAAGACCAAAGUAAUAUCCACAUUCUUCACAAUCGACAAUUUAAUACAGUUAUCGAGAAUGUUGUUCAUUCCGAAAAAAAUAUAUCUGGGUCAAUAAUGCAAAGUGAGAUACUUCCAAGUGAUGACAUAAAUGGUUUCAAGCUCUUGUUGAUGCCAGCAGAGAACGAUCCCACUCACAAUUCGGGGCCAAGUAUUAUCAUUUCGGAUGAUGUCAGCAGCGGCAUACAGAUUUUUCCUUCUGAGCCUCAACCAGCAGUUCAUAAAGAUAGUUUAAAAGGGUCAAGCUUGAUUAUUCCGAAUGAAAUCAAGACAGAUAUGAACAUUUUCCAUAUCGAACCCCUUACAACUAGUCAAACAGAUAAAACAAUUGUUUUAGAAUCGUACAUUAAAACUAGUAAACUUUCAAAUGACCCGCAUGCUAACUUUGAUGUUUCAGUUGGAGAUAUACCGCCGUGGAAACGGGGUAAAAAUUUCGAACCGAAUGUGAUUGUUGACGACCCAUGCGUUCAAAGUGUGACCGUGCCAGGGAGAAGCAAAAGCAUUAUUAACAGUUUUACAUUGGAAACUUUACCAAAAAAACAUAUUGACGUUUUAGAUAUAAUAAACGUGACAGAUCUACGUUUGGACAGUGCGAAUAUUUCAAUUGAAGAGAAAAGCAUUGAUGAAAUGUCUACUGGAAAUGAGAAAAGAUCGAUAUUUCAAAAUAACUCUGAAAAGAACUCCAACAUCUUGCUUGCCUAUUCAAUCUCUCUAGAAGGCGAAAUCGAUCAUUCUCAUAAAACGAAUUCACCAACGUCUAAUGAUAAUGCUGGAAAAUCAACGGUUUCAGUUGAUGUGGAGGAUUUAAUAGAAACUAAUUUCGUGGAAAAUGUAGUUAUACAAAAAGAGAAACCUGUUCCGAAUCCCUCAGAAUCCGAAGAACCAAGAAUUGCAAGUGUGCAUACGAAAAAAACCGAAGAAAAUCUAGACAACGAAACGGGAAUUCCAGAUACAGAUAUCCACAAAACUGCCAGACCAAAUCGUCGUUGUGAAAAAAUGUUCAACAACGAAUUUCGAAUUCAUCGGCCGCGUGAAUGUGAGAUUUUCAAUAAACAAUCCACGAAAAAAGAAUUGAUAGCCUCCCAUAAGCUAAAUAAUCAAAAUGACAUUGAUGGCACAACAAAAUUUCAGUGCAAAAUAUGCUUAAAACUAUUUAAAAGUUUGAAUAGCCUCACUAGACAUAAACAACUGCAUGAAGGAAGUAAAAAGGUUGAUCAUCAGAGUAUGCACAUCGGUACUAAGUCACAUGUUUGUGAAUACUGUCAGAAAUCCUUUCAACAAGCGAGUUUGUUAAAAAAUCACUUACGGACACAUACUGGUGAGCAGCCUUUUUUAUGUGCAGAAUGUGGAAGAGCAUUCAAUAAUGCGAGUAAUUUAAGACAACAUCAAUUGCGUCAUAGUGGUAUCAAAAGCUACCAAUGUCCUGAGUGUCCAAGUAAAUUUGCUUCAAAAGGUGGUCUUUUCUCGCACAAAGCAACUCACAGCAAUCAGAAACCUUAUGAAUGUUGUACUUGUGGGUCAAGAUUUACUAAAAAUUUCUCCCUUAAGAAGCACCAAAGAAUACACACUGGAGAAAAGCCUUUUAAAUGUGAUCAUUGUGAAAUGAGGUUCAAUUCCUCAGAUCAUAUGAAACGCCAUAUGCGAACACAUACUGGGGAAAAACCAUUCAAAUGUAAAUACUGCGAAAGGAAGUUUACGCAAUCAAACGAUUUGAUGAAACACCUUCAAUCGCACUUAGGCGAGAAUGUCUACAAAUGUGAGGAGUGUGAUGCCUCUUUUAGGUUAAGUGUGGAGCUGAAGAAACAUGUCUCCGAACAUUAUAAAGCUCAGACAAAAGAUAAAACAAACAAAUAUACUGCUUAAAUAACAACAUUUUAUAUGGAAAGAAUGGAUUAAUGGUAGAACUAUAAUUGACGGAAGCGUCGGAAGAAACGGAGGGAAACAGCGCUCGCAACCGCAUUCGACGGAUGAAAACUUUUCAAAAAGUCGAAGAAAACAACACCAAAAAAAAAACCUGAAAGAGCAGAAUAACAAUAAUUAUACUUGAAGGAGCUAGCAAAAAUGCCAAGUCUAUGCAUUUGCAAUGUUGAUAAGCUAAAAAGCCUACAAUUAGGUGAAUCUAAUCAUGUGGAGAGGUGGGGCAGUACGUAGUGUACUGGCCUCUGAACUCAAGUGUACGGAAAAAGUGUGACGGAAAAAGUUUUUCAAAUUAAAAAUAACUAGACUAAACAGUGCUGUAACUCUAGCCAUAAACACUUGGUGGUAGCACCUUCAAGAUGUUGUUGUUCAAAGAUUAUAAUUAAUAAUUAAUAUUCACUUUGUAGAAAUUUUCAAGGGUUUAUUUAAUUAAAUUUUAUAUUUUGCAAAUCAAUCGCAACAAUAAAAUGAAGUUUGACAAAUUUGA